CCAGGUCGCCCGCCACUGCAGACUGAAGUUAUGUGAAUCGCUCAUCGUAACCAGUUUUCCUACUCACCCGGUCUUUCUCUCCAGCUUCAACACAUUUUUUAAAAUAAAUAUUCAGUCUAUUGUAUGACUAGAAGACCCGGCGCUUUUAAACGUGUCUGUGACGUCGACGAGAAGUCAGUGCCAUUACCGCAACCUCGUAAUAAAGGGAACACACGAAGCGGAGACUCGCAGGUGAAAUACACUGAGCAAUGGACUAGAACUACUUCACAGUGCCACUCUGACACAGGACACCAUCUUGCUGGAUGUAACAGACUCUCAGGUCUGCUUGGAGCGCUAAGUCGAAGCCACAGGGAAAGAUGAUGGAGUGAGGACAGAGUCAGCAUGUUCCAGACGAACGGGGCGCCGGGCGCCGGGAGCUACUCGGACUCCACCCCACCCAGCAGUAGCAGCAACGGGGGAGCUUUUCUGGGUGUCGCCGCAGCUGUGGGCAGUUCAGCUCACCACCCUGUCUACGUUCCUUCUAACCGCGCAAUGAUGGGAGGACUUCCCCAGCAUCACCAUCACCACCAUCCACAAUAUAGUCCCUCGGGGGGACCCACAACCAACUCUCACCACUUUGUAGGUGGCUCCACCGGCAGUUCGAGUUCGUGGCACCAUCAGCCGGGAACACCAGACAGCUACGUGACUGCCACACCCCAUCACCACCACCACCACCACCAUCUGGGUGCUGGGGCACCACACCACCAGACACCACUGUCAAGUCCGUUCUACGCUCAAAAUGCGAUGAUGAUGUCUUCGUGGAGGGCAUACGACAACACUGGCUUCCAAAGGACAUCUCCCUACGAUGGAGCGAUGGAAUUUCAGUUCGGCGAAGGUCGCGAAUGUGUCAACUGCGGCGCAAUUUCAACGCCCCUGUGGCGUCGGGACGGGACUGGCCACUACCUGUGCAACGCGUGUGGGCUCUACCACAAGAUGAACGGCAUGAACCGACCGCUUAUAAAACCAUCCAAAAGGCUGACCGCGACGCGACGCUUGGGUCUGUGCUGCACCAACUGCGGGACCCGUACCACUACCUUGUGGCGCCGAAACAACGAGGGUGAACCCGUAUGUAAUGCAUGCGGCCUAUACUUCAAACUACACGGCGUGAAUCGUCCGCUCGCUAUGCGGAAAGAUGGUAUUCAGACGAGAAAACGCAAGCCCAAGAAACAACAGAAUGCUGGCAGCGGGGUUGCUACCGGCGAGAAGACACACGAAGACGUGACUACAUCGGAAUCCAAACCCAACUCAGGACAAACGCAGUCAAGUGAUGGGGUUGGCAGCAACGUCCACCAGUCGAAGCCAUCCCUGGAUGACACUCGUCCCUAUUUGGGUCAUACGUCCCUGCUUGCCCCAGCUAUCAAGUCAGAACCCUCUGAACACCAAUUCAACAAAAUGGCAACCAACACAACUGCUCUGACAACAGGAACUGGUGUCUACUCAAGUUUCACUGCCGCAAAUCAUCACCAAAUUAACAAUCAUCAGAUAUUUGGCUUUCCACCGCCCCCACCACCCGUAGCACCAGGUUCAGCUGGUGAUGUCAGCAGUUACGUCAUGGGUCAUCAUCAUCAUCAUCAUCAUCACCACAUGACUGCGGCGAAAUUAAUGGCGACUACAUAGUGCGACUAGUAAUUCCACAAUGAUGUCACAAGCGCCCAGAAAACUGCAUUAUUUUGCGAGUGUUUACUCCGUGUCGUGGGAUAGAGCGAGUAUCUGUAUUCCUCGACACAGCACCAAUACUUCGAAAACGACCGAGUGGUGAUCACUGCGAAAACCAAAAGAACUCAAGAACAGCGAAUCCGAACUAAAUUCUGUGAAAAUAAGUGACAAGUGUGGGAGCAGGUCAGUUUCCUGUGUUAUAUAUUUGCGAAAGAGAGACGUCAGCUGAAAUUAAAUACUACUUUUGAGUCCAAAAUUUACAAACUGUACGACACGACACUUCGUAUCCUCUACUAAAAUGAGUAUGUUAUCAGUCAGAACGCGCAAUCACUUCCGGGAUCCCUUUCAGAGUCGAACAAGAAUUGUUCAAGGAAAAUAAUAACGCAAGAGGAUGUUAAAAGGAAAACUUUAAGAAAUAUUAUCAGUUAUCAGUAAUUCGACGUGACCUUGAAAUUAAUGGCCAAGAUGUCUUAAAAUUUAAAAACAGUCUGGCUCAAACUGCAAGCAAAAUCUUUAAGUAAUCCUGAAGCGCAGUUUUAAGGCAACAUUAAUUAACACAAGUAAUCGUGUACUUCAAAAUUACAAACAGGUUUUCACGAAAUUAUUACUCUGAAAUUGUUUUUAAACAUAGAAAGAGGUUUUAAGUACACCAAUUCCUCGAUAUGUCGUUAUUUGGUUCCUUUAAAAUGCGACGGAUGAGGAAAUAGACGGACUGACAUAAACUAAAAUGACAAUUCGUUCCGGUUUCAUAUAAUCGUGUAUCAGAUCACUUUUUUAUAAAUAAGCACAGCAAUUCAGAUCAUUUUAAAACGGUUUAGUAAAUAGAUACAAAUUUUAUACAUACAUACAAGCACAGAAUUAAAUUAAAAACAAUGUUUAAUAUUAAAUAAUUUUAUUCAAGAAGUUGAGGGCUGUGAAUCAUCCGUAAUCUUGAAAAAAUCUAGAGUUGGUUGGAUUCUAGUUUUCUUCAUUUCAGUAAAAACUUCUUUGUAGAAGCUAAGAUCAGCGUCCACAUUUUUAAUAAUUUUCAAUUUCGUUUCCAAAGUCGUGACUACUCUCUUAGCUUUUCUAACUGACUGUGCAGACAUGGCCAUUGAUUUUAUCGCAAGACAAAUAAACAAAUAAGGUGAAAGUACUCUGUGUUCUACGGGUCUUUUUCAGCAAGGGGAAUGCUGUUGGUAGUAUAUAUUCUACUUUACGUCGCGAUUUCCCGCUCUGCGGAUCAAACUUACGAAUUCCGGCCGAAUUACCAAUCGAGAUGGAUAAAGGACACCGAUGAUGGAAAGGAAAACAAUGGUCUAAAGAGUAAAAAGGAUACGACAAACGACGGAUUCAGAGCCGACGAAUAAACGAAGGCUUGCUGUAGGUUCAUGCCACAUGACAGACGUAGGUUCCAGUUCUAGUUCUAGUAAACAGGCCUACAGAAUGCGCCAAUGGUACGCUCCUUGGACUUUUCUAUUUCCAUCAACAACAAAACAUUCACAGACCACACAUUGACUUCUACUCCGAAAGACUAAACGUGCGAACUAGCAGGUUUUUCUAUUGCAGUUCGGAAAAUUACGAUUUCUGUUCCCAUCAUAAUAUGAAAGAGAAAUAAUCUGCAGAAAAGUAUUACUUUACCACUUUCCCUGAAGUUACUUAAAAGCGUCAUAGAAGCUAGAAUGCAUACAAGGUAUGCGAAGCAGCAUAUAAAUACGAAUCAUAAUUGAACAACAAUAGAGGUGGAAAGUAUGGCGACAUAAGUGAACUAUUUAAGAUGGUUUAUCUGCCACAGAAGUGUAUAAAAUUGUUUCCAUUUAAAUAACUUUAAUAUAUACGAACUUUUAAAUAAUCUAUCUGACAACUAUUUAGCAAUUAUUAUAUAAACAAAGAUGGCAAAUUCACAGCGUGUGACAAAUAUUUACAUUUUUACAUAUGCAUAUUUAGUAAUACCUCACUAGUAGCCUACUGCACGUUCCCCAUCUCCGAAACAACGCAGUAAAGGAAGAAAUCGUUAUCGAAAUAAAACAUUCAUUCAUCUUCAAGUCUAUACACAACUGUUUCUAACCCCCUAAAUUAUUACACCGUGUAAGGAUUAUAAAGUUUUUCACACUGUUUAGAUGUAUUUCAUAAAUUAUUUUAGAGCAGCGUUUUCAACCUAUGGUACGCUUACCACUGGUGGUACACGAGCCAAUAUUAAGUGGUACGCGAACUAAGUAAGAAAAUCAAAAGAUUAUAAAAAAACAAUAAAUAAGUUUUCCCUAAACGAAUUUGGUUAGUGGUACAUUUAAUGUGUUAAAUUAGAAUUAGUGGUACGCCAGCGAAAAGGGGUGAGAACCCCUGUUUUAGAGCACAGUGUCUUCUCGAUCCUCCAACCUUCGAUUUGUAAUUUAUAUCUGUAGUAUCGAACAUUAGCACUGCCUGAACAAGUAGUGAAUCGAUUAAGUGUUUGUGGCAGUGUUAAUAAAUAGCAGGCAUAAUACAGCGUACGUACUUUUGCCACCAACUAAACAGAUUUCCAAGCAAACGUAAUGUUUAACAUUCAGACUAUUUUAUAUGCACCACUCAUUAAUAAAAAAAUCAUGUCGCAUUUAAAGCUACAAUCUGGCAUUUACCUGGAGGCACUGAACAAAGAAUGGUGAAUAUUUCCUGGUUCCCGCCAUUUUGUAAGUUACAAAAAAUUUUGUCUGUAGACCUACAGGACAAGUUUCUUGUUCCACCCAGCAAUGCGGCAUUGUACAGAGAUUAAUAAUUACAACCCCAAAUGUUUCCAUUUACCAUAAUAUUUAAUGAUUCAGGAUAAAAAUAUACCUAAAUAAACAAGGCUAUAUAAUGUUAUUAUUGUGUCAUCAUUAUUAAUUAAUAUUUAAAAUGCAAAUUAUACCAUAAAUUUUUAAUUGCACAAUUUUCCCUUCAAGACCACGGUCGUAAUUAAAUAUUUAAUAAUGCAUAUAUAAUUAUGUAAUUUAUAAUCAAAGUUAUUUCAUGGACAAUUUUUCGGUUCAAAAAUUUAAAGCAGAAUUUAACAUUCUGGUGUAGUUACCACACUUCUUUAUAUUAAAAAAACAGGAACCAGUAACGAAUAAUUACGAUGAUAUUUUCUUAUAAAUUUAUAUCAGAUCAUUAAAAUUAAUAUCCUUCUUUUGCAUAUUUUAUCUGACAUUAACUUUCUUCGACACUAAGCCUUAAAAUUUUGUAAAGAAAUGCAACAAUUGAAAAAAACUAUAGAAUUUAGACUAGACAAUUUUAUAUGUAAUUGCCCUACUGUGAUCGUGAGAAAUGUGUGUCGUGUCUUGUGGUGUUGACGUAAUGAAGCACGUGUGUGUUUGAAUGUUUCACAAUAGACGGCGUAUGAUGGAUACCAUGACAGAAACAAACGUUGUUCGAUGUCCAUACAUUAAUAUCGCCAAGUAGCAUUAGCUAAGUAUUUUCAAGUAACCCAUGUAUAUAAACACAACAUUAAAACUUUGAUUAACUCAAA